UGGAGGCGAUCCCAGGGGCGGUCCCGAGCCGGUCUCGGUCUCCCCGCUAGCGGUCCCAAAGAAGACCGGGGCAGUCCCUCGGUGCGGGGCCGGGGCCGGGACCGGGAGCGGGCGGUGACCGGGUCCCGGGCGGUGACAAAGGCGGUCCCGGUCUCCCGGCGGGCGGUCCUGAAUAAGACCCCGGGCAGUCCCUCGGUGCGGGGCCGGGGCCGGUGCCGGGAGCCCCGGGCGGUGCCAAGGGCGGUCCCGGGGCGGAGCCGAUCGCGAUCGCGGUGCCGGUGCCGGUGUCGGGGCAGCGGCGGAGCCCGGGGUAUGGCGGGCCUGGGUGUCCCGGAAUCGGGCGCCGGCCCCGGCCCCGUCCCGGCCACCCGCGUGGAGCUCACGGUGUCCUGCAGGCAGCUCCUGGACAGGGACACCUUCUCCAAGUCGGACCCACUCUGUGUGCUGUACACGCAGCGCCCUGGCAGCCACCAAUGGCGGGAGUUUGGCCGGACCGAGGUCAUCGACAACUCCCUGAAUCCUGACUUCCUGCGCAAGUUUGUCCUUGAUUAUUGCUUUGAGGAGCGGCAGAACCUGCGCUUUGACCUGUAUGAUGUGGACUCCAAGAGCCCUGACCUCUCCAAGCAUGAUUUCCUGGGCCAGGCAUUCUGCACCCUGGGGGAGAUUGUGGGCUCAGCCGGCAGCCGCCUGGAGAAGCCCCUGACGAUGGGGACAGCCAGCAUGCACCCCCGGGGCAGGAGACCCGCCCCGGCCGCCUCCAAUGGUGGCAUUCUGGGGAAGAAGUGCGGCACCAUCAUCCUCCUCGCUGAAGAGCUGGGAAACUGCCGGGACGUGGCCACACUCCAGUUCUGUGCCAACAAGCUGGAUAAGAAGGAUUUCUUCGGAAAAUCUGACCCGUUCAUGGUCUUCUACCGCAGCAAUGAAGAUGGGACUUUCACCAUCUGCCACAAGACGGAGGUGGUGCGGAACACGCUGAACCCCGUCUGGGCAGCCUUUGCCAUUCCCGUGCGUGCCCUCUGCAAUGGGGACCAUGACCGAGCCAUCAAGGUGGAGGUGUACGACUGGGACCGUGAUGGCAGCCACGACUUCAUCGGGGAGUUCACCACCAGCUACCGGGAGCUGGCACGGGGCCAGAGCCAUUUCAACGUGUACGAGGUGGUGAAUCCCCGGAAGAAGAUAGAAGAAGAGAAGUACCUGAACUCGGGCACAGUGACCCUGCUGUCCUUCGCUGUGGAAGCCGAGCAUACCUUCCUGGACUACAUCAGGGGCGGGACCCAACUCAACUUCACAGUGGCCAUCGACUUCACGGCAUCCAAUGGGAACCCCUCGCAGCCCACGUCCCUGCACUACCUGAGCCCCUUCCAGCUGAAUGCCUACAGCCUGGCACUGCGGGCUGUGGGGGACAUCAUCCAGGACUACGACAGUGACAAGAUGUUCCCAGCCCUUGGCUUUGGUGCCAAGGUCCCCCCGGAUGGGCACGUGUCCCACGAGUUCCCACUGAAUGGGGAUGCAUCAAACCCAGCGUGCCGCGGCAUUGCGGGGGUGCUGGAGGCAUAUCAGCGCAGUCUGCGCCGCGUCCAGCUCUACGGCCCCACCAACUUCGCCCCUGUCGUCAACCACGUUGCCCGCUCGGCGGCCACGGUGCUGGACGGGUCCCAGUAUUUUGUCCUCCUCAUCAUCACUGAUGGUGUCAUCUCUGACAUGGCCCAGACCAAGGAGGCUAUCGUCAAUGCUGCCAAAUUGCCCAUGUCCAUCAUCAUCGUGGGGGUUGGCCAGGCCGAGUUUGAUGCCAUGGUGGAGCUGGAUGGGGAUGACAUCCGCAUCUCUUCCCGUGGCAAAGUGGCCGAGCGUGACAUCGUCCAGUUUGUUCCAUUUCGUGACUACAUGUCGGGGGGCCCCGGCGCGGGGCUGAGCAUGGCAGGGUUGGCACGGGAGGUCCUAGCCGAGAUUCCUGACCAACUCCUCUCUUACAUGAAGGCACGGGGCAUCAAACCCUCCCCCGUCCCUCCCAUACCCCCUGAAACCCCCCCACCCUGACUGCCCACCCCCGACACACCAUGUCCCCUCACCCUACCCCAGGACCCUCUAUCCAGGGAUCAAAGGCAGCCAUACUCUGCCAGGGACUUGGGACCGUAGGUCCCUCUCCUCCCCUCCACAACCUCGGGGUCCCCCCCAAUCUGGGGUCCCCUCCCCAAUCCGGGUUCCCACCACCACCCCCAUAAAACAGCUUUUGGGUUUCCCAGGGGGAUUGGGAUGGUGUUGCCUGAGCAUCCUUGGCCAUGGGACCCCCCCCAAUAUCCAUCCAGGACUGUCCUGCCCACCCCCCAAAAAGGGGCAGGGGGUCUUCACUCUCCUGACCAGAAAGCCGGGGUGCGCAGGAGCCUCCCCCAAAUGUGGAGUGCCCCCCCCCAGGGUGAUGCAUGACCCCUUCUCACCCCACCAGCUCCCCCAAAUCCAUAGACCCCCCUCCAUUUUCUGGGCUGAUCCCAGUGGGGUCCCCGGUGUUUUUUGUGUUCCCCCUUGCCAUGUCGCGUGUCCAUGUGGGUUUGUAUUGAGUUGCCUUAAAUCGCAAUAAAUGAUUGUGGCUUUAA